AUGAGUCAGCAUGGAGCCUCUGCUGGUGGCCAUGGACAUUCAAGGCCAGUGGAUGAGAGGACACACUCCCCUGCACCCAGCUGUGUGUCCAUGAAGAGCCAUCACUCAAAGGAUAAGGAUCCCAACUUCAGAGAGGGAGGCAGUCAUUCUGAAGCCAGGCCAGUGGAUGAGAGGACACACUCCCCUGCACCCAGCUGUGUGUCCAUGAAGAGCCAUCGCUCAAAGGAUGAGGAUCCCAACUUCAGAGAGGGAGGCAGUCAUUACGAUGCCAGCAUCCAACAGGAAGAACAAACAAGUCAUCCCACCAUCAGCAAUGUCUAUCAAAAAGAGCUGUCUACAUUAUUCAUGAAGCUUGAGGAAAAAGUCAUGACCUUCAUGAAGACGGAACUGAAGAGACUCAAGAAGCUCCUGAGUCAUGAUUACCCAGAAUCCCCUUGUGAUGAAGAGAAGGAUGAGGAGGACCAGAGAGAUGCCAGAGAUGGAGCUCUGAAGAUUGCAGUGCACAUCCUGAGGAACAUGAGUCAGGAGAUCCUCGCUCAGCAGCUGGAGAAAUAUGGACUGCUUCCUAGAUGUCAACAAGAGCUCAAAUAUAGGCUAGCAAGGAAGUGUCAGAGUGUAUGUGAAGGCAUCCCAAAGCAGGGAAAGUCUACUUUUCUGGAGAAGAUCUACACAGAGCUCUACAUCACAGAAGGGGAAAGUGUAGAGGUGAAUACUGAACAUGAAGUCAGACAGAUUGAGAUGGUAUCCAAGAGUCAAGUAUCAAAGGAGGAAAAAGCAAUCAAAUAUACGGACAUCUUCAAGCCCUUACCUGGACAGGACAAACCCAUCAGAACUGUGCUUACAAAGGGAGUGGCUGGCAUUGGAAAAACAGUGUCUGUGCAGAAGUUCAUUCUGGACUGGACUGAAGGCAAAGCACAUCAAAAUAUCCAUUUCAUAUUUCCUCUUCCUUUUCGGGAGCUGAACCUGAUGAAAGACAAAAACUUCACCCUUUUGGACUUCAUUCAUCAUUUCUUCACUGAAACAAAAGACUUUGCCUUCUCCAACAAGGACAGAUACAACAUUGCCUUCAUCUUUGAUGGUCUGGACGAAAGCAGACUUCCUCUGGAUUUCCAGCACAAUGCAUGCAUCUACAGCAUAACAGAAUCUGCCUCUGUGGAUGUCCUUCUCACAAACCUGAUCCAGGGGAAUCUGCUUCCCUCUGCUCUUGUUUGGAUCACCUCCCGACCAGCAGCAGCCAAUCAAAUUCCUCCAGAGUAUGUGAAUCAGGUAACAGAAGUCCGGGGUUUCAGUGACCCACAGAAGGAGGAGUACUUCAGGAAGAAAAUCACAGAAGAGGAACUGGCAAACAGAAUCAUCACACACCUGAAGUCAUCCCGGAGCCUCUACAUCAUGUGCCAUAUUCCAGUCUUCUGUUGGAUGUCAGCCACUGUUCUGGAGAGCAUCAUGACUGAAGCAGAGAGUGGAGAGAUUCCAAACUCUUUGACUCAAAUGUACACACACUUCCUGGUCAUACAAUCCAAAAAUAGGAGUCAGAAGUAUGAAAACAUGUGGAACCAGAAGACCAUUCUGUCACUGGGGAAACUGGCUUUUCAACAGCUGGAGAAGGGCAAUCUGAUCUUCUAUGAUAAAGACCUGAGAGAGUGUGGCAUAGAUGUCAGACAAGCAUCAGUGUACUCAGGAGUGUGCACUCAGAUCUUCAGAGAGGAGGCUGGGCUGUACCAGGGGAAAGUGUUCUGCUUUGUUCAUCUGAGCAUUCAGGAGUUUCUAGCAGCUCUAUAUGUGUUCCUCACAUUCCAGAACACAGGGAUCAAUAUACUGGAUCAGCAGCCAAGAGGUGUUUUUUCUUUUCUGAAGACAAAGAAUGAAAACAUCAAUUACCUAUACAAGACUGCAGUGGAUCUGGCAUUAAACAGUGAGCAUGGACACCUGGAUCUUUUCCUGAGGUUUCUUCUGGGCCUCUCAUUGGAGUCCAAUCAGAAAUACUUACAAGACCUGCAGCCCAGGUCAGGAAGCAGCUCAUUACACACAGAGGAAACAGUCAAGUACAUCAAGGAGGAGAUCAGAGAAACCACCAGCCCAGAGAGAUGCAUCAACCUGUUCCACUGUCUGAAUGAACUGAAUGACCACUCUCUGGUGGAGGAGGUCCAGGGCUACUUGAGGAAGGACAACACAUCCAGAAAGAAUCCCUCUCUUUCCCAGCUGUCAGCUCUGGCUUUUGUGCUGCUGAUGUCAGACCAGGAACUGGAGGAGUUUGACCUGUGGGAUUAUGCAGGAUGGAGUUCACCUGCCAGAUCAGAUGCAGGUCUGCUGAGGAUGCUGCCAGUGGUCAAAGCAUCUAAAAGAAUCCAAGUAUUGGGCGCUUCAUUCGGGAGAUGGGCCUCUGCCGUGAGAGGGCACAUUGUCUCGGUCAGUGUAUGGGCUGCAGGAUUGUAACCUCACAGUGGAGAGCUGUGCAGCUUUAUCUUCAGCUCUCAGAUCAAACUCUUCCAGUCUGAGACAGCUGAACCUGAGAGACAAUAAUGUGGGAGAUUCAGGAGUGGAGCUGCUUUCUACUGGUCUGGAGCAUCCAAACUGUAGA